UGUUUACGACAUCGCCUGCCGGAUCAGUUUACGGCAACAUGGCAGCCUGCUGGCUCGAGCAGGGUUCCUGCCUGAAUCGGUAACUUCAACAUGAUCACGCUUUGAAAUAAGGAGGUGGCAGCGGGUCGGUAGGCUCGAGAAAAUGUUAAACGCGUGUUUUCGGCGGAUUUCCGCUCCGUUGUUUAAUGCAGCCAGUGUUCCCGGCCUCGUGUCCCCGCGGUGUGCAGGUGUGUGUCGGCUCGCGCCAGCAUUAUGGCGGUUCGGUCUUCCACAGGUGAGCGGUUCCUGGUUCUUCAGACUGAAAUGGACAGGAAGCCGCGUCGCGUGCUGGCCUGGUAUCCAGGGUAAAUCGCUUCACGCGAGAGAAAUCGCGCUCGUGCACCGCGGGGGUCUCAAGAGGUCACCGGUUGGUUUUCAACCUCGGGUGACCUCCAGGGCUCGAGGACUUAGCAGCAGAAAGACCGAGGAGGCUCAGAAUAAUUCUGGGGCGGCGGACCGGGACGAAGCGGGCUUGGUGCCGGGACACGGGCUGUUCCAGUUCAAAGAGCUGUAUGAAAACCCGUGGACGAUCCCCAACCUGCUGUGUAUGUGUCGGAUCCUACUGGCUCCUUAUUUGGGUUAUCUGAUCAUCCAUCAGCACUUUGAUCUCAGUCUGGCUCUGUUCAUACUGGCUGGAGCUACUGACCUGUUGGAUGGCUACAUCGCGAGGACGUGGCCCAAUCAGAAGUCCGCCUUGGGCAGCGCUCUGGAUCCUCUGGCUGAUAAGAUCCUCAUCAGUAUUUUAUACGUCAGUCUCACCUAUGCUGACUUGAUCCCAGCUCCACUGACAGCUUUAGUGAUUUUCAGAGACAUCGGUUUAAUAGCUGCCGUCUUCUGGGUCAGAUACAAGACUGUACCUCCGCCGGUGACCCUUAGUAAGUUUUUUAACCCCUGCUACACCACAGCACAGCUGAGGCCAACUGUAUUCAGCAAGGUAUGUCACAGCCGUUACCACGGCAGCAUCAGGAUACAGCUACUGGCACUACGGCCGUAAGACCGUUCAGGUGCUGAACACCAAAUCCCCCUGAUGCUCACCUGCAGACCCACAGGAAUCAAACCAUGAUCAGGGAGUAGAUUCUGCAGAGACUCGUCAGCCGUGACAAGUGAAGGACGAACAGAUGGACAAUCGCCAGGAGCUCUGAAGAUAUAUAGCAGUGAUGAGCAUUUGUGGGUUGCCAUGGCAAUUAUGCUCAAACAACAACCGAAGCCGCAGAUGGUUUAGUGCAGACCCCAGUGAGGCCACAACCCCGCCGCCAGUCUGGUCCCAAGCCUCGUUCUCAGACAAAAACAGCAGACAUAAAUAUCAACAGGCUGUCCGACCACAGCUGCAGACACGCACGUCCACCACAUCAGGAGACCCGUCUGUCUCAAUCAACACGACACAACGUCUACCUAAAGAUUGUCUGUUGUUUUUUAAAACUGAUGAUUUGUGAUUAAAAUGUGAAAAUCUG